AUAUUGCCUUGCUUGAGGUAUUUAGUCACUUACAGUCUGAGUUACAGAGAUAAAGUUGUGUCUUAUUUACAGCAUUUUCUGAUCAGUUGUUUUUCUCUGAGCACAUACAAUAUGCUUCAACAUUUCUUUGGACUUGUUUUUCUCUCGGCAGUUUCACAGCUUGUGAGUUUCACAGGGACACAUGCUGAUGAAUGUCCUCUUCAGCUCAACCCACAGAGAGUUGUUGUGGAGUACGGCGGUUCUGUGUCAGUUAACUGUAGCACUUCUGUCACGCAUUAUGGGAUGGGAUGGGAAACCAGUAAUGGAGCAGUGCCCCAGAGCAGAGACAAUCUGAUCACAUGGAGAGUGUCAAAUCUGAGACAAUGGGACAUACAGCCAUUCUGCUACAUAAACUAUAAGAAACAGUGUCAAUUAGAGCUCCCGGUGACUAUUUACAAGACUCCAGACAGUGUGUCCAUCAGCACUGUGAAUCACAACAGACCAAUGAUGGAGGGAAACCAGUAUGAGCUUCAGUGUGACGUUCUCAAUGUGGCUCCUGUUCAGUAUCUCACUGUCAAAUGGUACAAAGGACAGACUCUGGUGGAUCAAACUAUCUUCACUGACACCACCAAGACUCCAGUGAAUAAAACAGUCACACUCAUGAUCCGUCCAGACAGAGCUGAUGAUGGAGUUCAGUACAGGUGUGAAGCAGAGCUGGAACUGGGAGAAGAAGGACCUCGACCUCCUCCUAAAGUCACAUCAGAUCCUCUCAGCAUUACUGAAUAUUACAACUCUCCAAACUACAUUCCAAUUGUUGCAGCACCUCUUGCACUGCUUGUUUUAAUCAUUGCAUUAAUUAUCUGUGUGUGGAAAAAGAAAAAAUCUACUGGACGUCAUCAAAUAGUAAGUGAAGCGGUAUGAAAUGCAUCUGAGAAGAAUGCUUAAAUUGAACAAAAAUUAUAUAUUGAAACUUGUAAUGAAUAAAUAAAUAUGUUCGAUAAAAUACUGCAUAAUGUGUAAAAGCUCAUAGUAUACAACAUGCGCUGUAUGACUAUGUAUGAUGUCAGUGUCAUAGGAGAAUGUCUGAGAUGAUAAAGAUGCGUCUAAAACAUAUGAAGUUAUCCUGUCACAUGACAACAAAAUGUUUUCCUGUACAUUGGCUGACUUUUAUUUGCUGUACAAAAAUGUUACCCACUAUGUUGUAAGAUUGUCAAAAGUUGGUUUGAUGUGUGAAAAGAAAAAUGUCUCUUUUGUGGUAAAUAACUUAAAUUACAUUUGUUAGAAAUGUUUAUGCAUAAAUGCAGAUAUCGAAAAACAUCACCCCAGAUUCAUGCUUUAAAAAAACUGUUUGAAGAUGACUGACAAUCUCCAAGCUAAAUUUGCUUUCAAUUUAUUCAUUUUAAUUUAUGUACUUCUUCUUUAAACCUCUUCUUUUUUGUGUGACUUUAGUCUGUACUGACAGAUAGUAAUAUGCCUGUUUUGUUCUUUUAAUAAUGAUGCAGUAAAGGAGAAAAAUGCUGUACAAAAUGUUUUGAAAUAAAAUGUUUUUCUUUC